AUGGACGCCAUCGCGGGUCCGACGGCGGUAGCGGGGCGGCGGGCGACGCAAGCGGUUGGGCGGCUGGAGGUUAGGUGCGGGCGUGAGGCUGUUGAAGCGGCGGCCGGCGGGAGAGAGAGGAGCAGCGGCCGAUGCGGGAGACGCGCGAACGACGGCGGCGGCGCGCGGAGGAGUCGCGCGGCGGCGGUGGUGCGGGAGGAGUCGCACGGCGGUGGCGGCGGGCGGGUGGCGGCAGCGCGGGAGGAGUCGCGCGGUGGCGGCGGCGGCGGUGGGGUGGCGGCGACAGCAGCGAGGGAGGAGCGCACGGCGGCGGCGGCAGCGGAAGACGAGGAUUAA